AUGUUUACGGGUAAAGUUGUUCUUAUCACCGGUGCGAGUGCGGGGAUCGGGGCUGCAACAGCUGUAGAUUUUGCUAAAUUAAAUGCAGAAUUAGUUCUAAACGGGCGCAAUAAAGUGAAUCUGGACAAAGUAGCUACACAGUGUGUGCAAAAUUCUCCGACACGAUUAACGCCAUUGGUUAUUGUUGGUGACCUAAAUAAAGAAGAAGAUAUAGAAAAUAUCAUUAAAAAAACAAUAGAGCAUUAUAGCAGAUUAGACGUGCUUAUUAAUAAUGCUGGUAUUUUAGAAGGCGGAUCAAUCGAAACUACUAGUAUAGGCCAAUACGACAGAAUAAUGACUACAAAUGUUCGCGGUCCGUAUUACGUAACAAUGCUAGCAACACCGUACCUCAUAGAAAGCAAAGGAACCAUAGUAAAUGUGUCAAGCGUUGCUGGAUUGAGAUCAUUCCCCAAUAUCCUCGCUUAUUGUAUGUCGAAAUCGGCUUUAGAUCAAUUCACGAGAUGUGUUGCGCUAGAAUUGGGUCCAAAAGGGGUUAGAGUCAAUGCUGUUGACCCUGGUGUUAUUACUACCGGCAUACAUUUAAAGGGAAGCAUGACAGAAGAUGAGUAUAAGGACUACUUGAAGAGGUGCGAACAGACUCAUGCUCUUGGGAGACCGGGAGUCAGCAAGGAGGUCUCCUCAGUCAUAAUUUUCUUAGCUAGCGACGCCGCUAGUAAUAUAACUGGCGCUACCCUACCUGUUGAUGGCGGACGACACGCUAUGUGCCCACGA